AUGAAUUAUUCGGUUCUUCGUGAUGAAGAAAAGUUUGCUAUUGAGUGCGAUUCAAAAACAUUAUUGAAAAAUGAAACAAGAUGGGAUACAUCACCAUCAUCAGCAACAGUGACCACUAGUAACAAAACAUUGAUCACAUCAAUAGCAACAAUAACAAUAUCAGUUAAAUAUGAUAGAAAACUAUUGUUAAUAGUAAGUGUAUUUUAAUUACUUGUCAGACAAAGUGUUCAUGUUAACGAUAGUGGGAAAGACAAAAAUGUUAUCGAGCAAUGAAAUUAUGUAAGACAUUGGUAUCAUUAUCCAAUGUAAAACAGACAUUCUUCAUUCGAUAUAUCGAAAAGUUUUCCAAGAACUUACCAUCGAGCUUGUCAUUCCAAAAACAACAUAGUGAAGGUUCGCUCAAGUUUGGCAAAAAAAGUUGAAAACUGGCUUUCCACACACACAGCUAUGGAAAAUCUAUCUCGAAAAUGUUUCAGAUGAGUUGUACGCUGUUUUUUAAACUAUCCCGACGGAAUUAUAAUCAAAACUAAUUGUUUUAUUGAAAAAGACUUGCCUGUUUUGAGAGGAAAAUGUCGUGGUUUGGAAAUGCUGAGAUUUCUCUUGGAAAGUAAAUAAUAAAAGAACCGAUGCAUUAUUUUUUCUAGGGACUGUGGCGAUUGUAAUGGAGUAAGAAACGGGGCUUCAUCUGUUAGGUAGAAACAUCAGAUAGAUUUACGCUAUAAUCGAAAAGCACUGUCAGGGGUAUACUCAAGGGGGAAAAAGCAUACUUCUGUACUUCUGGUACUUCUCCGUACUUCUUGAUACUUCUUCGUACUUCUUCGUACUUUUUUGUACUUCUCCGUACUUCUGAAGUACGAAGUACGAAAUACGGGA